AUGGAGUUUCCUCUACAGGACGAAGAAUUGGGCGGAGAUAAUCCCGCUACAAACGCCAACAGAGCUUCAGGUAGUAAAAGAAGCUUCGGUGAUCACGAAGACGAUGAAGGUGCGAGUUCCGGAUCGAAAAAGGGUUGUAAGGAAGCGGAUGAAGCAACAACUGCGAUGAUUUUGUCACUCACAGAGAGUCUUCAGAGUUGUAAAGAUGAGCUUGCUUCAUGUCAAAAUGAGCUUGUGUCAGCGAAAGCAGAGAUUCAAAAGUGGGAAUCAGCGUUUAAAAACGAGUCCUUUUUACCGUCUAGAAAAACUCCUGAACCUAGUCUUGUGAUUGACUACAUCCAAAAGCUAAAAUCUUCCGAGACAUCUUUGAAAGAACAGGUAGAAAUUGCACAAAUGAAGUUAGCUAUCCGUGAUCUGAAAUCUGAACUCGUUAAGGCAGAUGACGAGAGAGAGGAAGGAUCUGGUGCCUCUUCUUCUUCAAACACUGGAAUGGGAUUGUUGGAUCAGUUGAUGGCAGCUAAUGUGCAGAUCAGGGUGUUGAAGGAAGUUCAUAUCGCCAAGUUGACAGCGACUGAGAAAGUGCACGCCGAGCAAGCCAAGACCUUGGCUUCUUUCUCCAACGUUGUGGCGUUUCUACAAGAGAAAUUUCCCGACUUUGUUUUUCCACCACCACCACCGAAAGUUGAUGAGCAGAAGAACUAA